CAUGUAUAAUACUUGUUUUCCGUUCUUUGCUUUUAAGACAAAACAUCACGAUUGCUUUGAUGAAUGCACCCUCGGAUUCCAAUGAUGCCGCAGUUCAAGGUUUGUUAAGGGAGGCCUAUACUGCAGUAGCUAACGGGGAUCCUACACAGGCGCUUCGGCUUGUACUUGCGGCUUUGCAUGCAACCGGUGGUCAAGCUGCCGCAGCGCCAGCGCUUAACCGCGUUCUGACGCACCUUACAGCAGACAACCAGGGCAACGCCCUACAGGAGCUCACGGAGCUUUUUGCUCGCGCCGCUACCGUCAGAGGCGAGGAUUCCACUCCCCAAGCCCCGCCCAGCGGCAUCCCGCCUGUCUGGCCAAGCCCGCCAAGCGCCACCCCCCACCUUCCAAUGUGGCGUGGCACUAACCUCACCUGCCCCGCUGUUCCCCACGCCAGCAUUUCGUUUCCUCCUUGCCCGGGGGGGGAAGCCACCCGCAGCGGCGAUACCAGCAGCAGCAUGAGCUGUAGCGGUAAUGACCUUGCCUCCACAUCCGCAUCUAUGGACACGGAGGGAGCCGGAGGGGGUGCAGGUCGAGGAGGCGCAGUAGCCGUAGCAUCAGUAGCAGGGGAAGGAGGCGGGGGAGGAGGAGGAGGAGGGCAGGAGGCGACGAGCACCUGGGUGGGGCAUGGGUUGCUGGGAGGCCUGCAGCAGCGCCAGGCGCCCAUCCUGAGUGAGACCGGUCGCGAGGGCUUCAUGGAGUGCGCUCUGCAGGACGGCUCGAGCUACGUGUGCGCCCGGUGCCGGGGUGUGGUGCUCGUACAUCGCCGUCAGCAGCACGAGCAGUACUGGUGUCCGCGAUCAGGGGCCGGGGGUUAG